AUGGGAUCAGUUUGUGCAAAGAAAAAAGAAACAAGAAUUAAUUAAGUAAUUUAAGAAUAGUCUGCUUCAUUUUGUAUACCUGAUUAAUAAUCCUCUUUGUUACUCUAAGAUAAAAAGACUCAGCCUUAAACAUUAAUUAAGGUAAAGAUCCCUAAAGUAAUUAAUAUUAUUAGUUCUUUCUUAGAAAAACAAAAAAGUAAGAGAAACUGUUAAAGCGAUAACACUUAAAAAUGAAGAAGUAAAUAUAUAUAGAUUAUAUAUAAAGGGAUAAAAAAUGCUUAAUGAUUAUGUUUUUGAUGAAUUUUUAGGAUAAGGUGCUUUUGGUAAAGUUAAACUGGCACAUAAGAAAGGAUAACCUACUCAAAGAUUUGCUAUAAAAAUACUAAAAAAGAGUAAACUUAAACGAUAAAGAGAGUUUGUUAAAGAUGCUAAUGGAAGUAUAACUACUCAUUCAAUUUAAAAUAGAUCUUGUUGUUAAAGAUGCUUUAUAAGAUGUAAGAAAAGAAAUAGCAAUAAUGAAAAAAAUAAGACACAAUAAUCUUAUUUAACUUUAUGAAGUAAUUGAUAAUCCAACAAGUGAUAAAUUGUUUAUGGGUAAAUUACUUAAUUUAUCAUAAUUUAGUACUUGAAUUUGCAGAAGGAGGUUAACUGAUUGAAUGGGAUGAUGAUGAAGGCAAAUUUUAUAAAUUGAAUGAAGAUGAAGAAUUAACAGAAGCUUUACUUUCUUCUUUAUUUAGAGAUUGUAUUAAAGGUUUAGCAUUCCGUAUUCUAUUUUAAUAUAUAUAUAAAUAGUUCAUAAAAAUAAAAUUGUUCAUAGAGAUCUUAAACCAUAAAAUGUCUUAAUGUCUGGAAAGACUGCUAAAAUUGCAGAUUUUGGAGUUUCAUAAGUUGUUGGUUCUAAAAAUGAUGUUCUUGAUAAUACAUAAGGAACUUAUUAUUUUAUGCCUCCAGAAGCUUGUGAUAAAGAAACUGCUAAAGAUGGAUAUUCAGGUAAAGCUGCUGAUAUUUGGGCCCUUGGUAUAACCUUUUUUGCAUUUACAUAUUUAAGUGUACCAUUUACUGGAGAUAGUAUUCCUGAUAUUCUUAAAAAUAUAUCAUAAAAUGAGUAAAUCUAUUAUUAGAUUAUUUAGAGUUAUUUUCCCAUAAAACUUUACUAUUAGUGAUGGACUUAAAGAAUUUAUACAUUUCAUUUUAAAUAAAGAUCCUAAAUAAAGACCAACUAUUUAUGAAAUUGCAAAACAUCCUUGGAUUAAUUAAAGUUCAGCUAAUCUUUUAGAUGAAAUGUAUUAUAAUUUACAUUAUUAUAGGGAUUAAGAAGAUAAAAUUAUGGAAAUCUCAUAAAUUGAUAUAGAUAAUGCAUAUUCUUUGGUUUCAUUAAUGAAAAUUAAGAGUUGGGCUUAAAAAUGGAGAACUGAAUCUAAUCUUAAAAAAGCAGGACCAUAAACUCCUGUUGAAGAAAUAGAGAUUAAAUGA